CCGGACUCUCCCUCUCCCGUCCCGCUUCCUUCACGCAACAUUUCUCUCUCGCCCCACCCGCUAGACUGUUCCACCAGUUACCACCACUACUGUGCGCGUGUAUCGUCCUCGACAGACGCAGCCAGCGCGGGUUCCACAAUCCGAUCCCCCUCACAACCGCAUUUUUUUUAGCGGCAGCGGAAUUUAACUCUCGCCUCUCCCGCCGCCGCGCAGCCCAAUGGACCUUCCCGUGGUGGAUCUCGCGCCCUUCCUGCAGGCCGCCGCCGGCGACGCGGCCGCGGCGCCGGCCGAGGCGCUGCGCGCGCUCUGCGCCACGGUGAGCGCCAGCCUGCGGGACACGGGGGCGCUGCUGGUGAAGGACCCCCGCUGCACGGCCGCCGACAACGACCGCUUCCUCGACGUCGUCGAGCGCUACUUCGCCCGAUCCGACGACUCCAAGCGCCUCCAGGAGCGCCCCCACCUCCACUACCAGGUUGGCGUGACGCCUGAAGGCGUGGAGGUACCUCGCAGCCUCGUCGACAAGGAGAUGCAAGACAGGAUCAAGAGUAUGCCAGAAGAGUUUCAACCAGCCACCCCUAAGGGACCAGACCCGAAAUGGCGAUACAUGUGGAGAGUGGGCCCUCGCCCCUCGAAUACCCGCUUUAAGGAGCUGAAUGCAGAACCUGUUAUUCCUGAUGGGUUACCUGAGUGGAAAGAGACAAUGGAUUCUUGGGGUGCAAAAAUGAUUUCUGCCAUUGAGGUUGUUGCUGAGAUGGCGGCGAUUGGAUUUGGCUUGUCAAAGGAUGCAUUUACCUCUUUGAUGAAGGAGGGACCACACCUCCUAGCACCAACUGGAAGUAAUCUGCUGCGUCACGGUUCUGAGGGCACAGUGUUUGCUGGGUUCCAUUAUGAUCUUAAUUUCUUGACCAUACACGGUCGUAGUAGAUUUCCAGGCCUGAACAUUUGGUUAAGUAAUGGUAAAAAGAUGGAGGUGAAGGUCCCUGUUGGCUGUCUUCUCAUUCAGUCAGGGAAACAGUUGGAAUGGCUUACCGGUGGUGAAUGUUUAGCUGGAAUGCAUGAAGUAGUGGUGACCAAGAGAACAUUAGAGGCAAUAGAACUAGCUAAAGAGCAGAACCGAAGCUUGUGGAGGAUCUCAUCAACACUAUUCUCGCACAUUGCUUCCGAUGCGACGCUCAAGCCAUUGGGCCACUUUGCUGAAGCACCCAAUGCUCAUAGUUAUCCGCCUAUAUGUGCCGGGGAGUAUGUGGAACAAGAGCUCUCGGCGAUCAAUCUGAAAGGGAAGGUUGCACUCUAGGCACACACAGACCACCGGUUAAUCUGACGGCUCAUUGAUUUGCUUCCUAUGGUCAGAACGCGGAUUGCGAUAGUCCAAGCUGAUACUUGUAUCUUCGUUCAACUUUGUUCACAUACCUUUCUAUCUAUGCCCAUGCUAAGUAUAUGUCCAUUGGGUCCUCCUGUUAAGUUAUAGUGGUGUACUGAACUGAUAGCACCUGUGAAAACUAAAUAAUAGUGCUACUGUUGUUCUCGAA